UCUAUUUCAACAAUCAAAAAUAGGUUCGUCAAGAAACUUAAUUCAUUUCAGGUUUUUUAUCUUACCUUAGGGGGGAAAGAGGAAGGCCAAUGGCAGGAGCGAUAAACAAGUUCUUUGUUACCUCAAUGUUCAUGUGGAUGGCUCCGAUUGGGGUCCUUUUCGCCUUUAACCAUGAUUGGCUUCCUGGUUUGAGUCAAUUAUCACCACACACUCUAACAUUGUUGAGUGGAUUGGUGGCUGUCGUGUCAGUCAAUAUAGUUAUGGGAUUCUAUAUCUAUAUUGCAAUGAAGGAACCAGUAGACAAGCAUGAACCACACCCUGGAUUUGUUGCUGAGGCCAGAGCUAGCCUCAACAAACUUAAUAAAGGUAAAGCAACUUCAAUGGUGUCCAAGAAAGAUUAGCAGAUAGAUAUUUAGCACUCUAGCUAAUUAAAAACAAUAUUGGGUAUUGUUGAAUGUUCCUUUUAAUAGUAUAGUCAGUUUUGAGCUUUGGUAUUUAUGUAUCUAUACAGUGCUCCAAGGUGACACACAAUUUGUUGUAACUUAUCUUUUAUC